UUGAUUUGAAGAGUCCAGCUGACAGAGAAUCCACCACAUCUUUCAGCUCUUGCCAAGUAUCUGCUCAGUGGUCUAGUGAGGUGACUGAAACAUGAGGGCCUUGAGAGAGACUUUAUUUGGAAGUUCAGAACUUGGCAGCUGAGAUUGCCUUGUCUAAAACUUUAAUUAGCAAGUUUACAAUUUGGAGCUUCACUGUUGUGCUGGGUAGAACUGAUCAAUCCAGCUCCAACUGGCCUCAACAGCUCAAGUUCUUGCUCAGGAUGGAUGGCCACCUCAGGGCCUGUGUGGUGCUGCACUGUGAAUCUGAAUGGAGAAUGCAUUACUUCAAGGACUCCAUACUCAAAUGAAUCACUAAUGAAAGAGCAUUGGAGUCCUGAAAAGAAGCAGAGACUGGAACAAGUUUAACACUCAACUUGAAGGUCAAUUUAAAGUUUGCUGUCUUUCUUACAAUGGAAAGGCUGGUUAUGUAUCUAUUGGUUAUUAGCACUGCUGUGAAGGCUAUGAUGUGUCCAAAGCGGUGUAUGUGUCAAAACCUAUCUCCAUCCUUCACCAUCCUCUGUACGAAGACUGGGCUUCUCUUUGUGCCCCCCAGCAUUGACAGGAGAACAGCAGAACUAAGAUUAAUGGAUAACUUCAUCACCACACUUAGAAGAAAGGAUUUUGCAAACAUGACAAACCUUAUUCACUUGACACUAUCAAGAAAUACAAUAAGUCAAAUCAUGCCUUAUGCAUUUUUUGAUCUUAAAGGCCUUCAUGCAUUACAUUUGGAUAGUAACAGACUGACGUGUAUCAAUGAGGAUCAUUUCAAAGGUUUAAUUAAUCUUCGCCACUUAAUACUCAGUAACAAUCAAUUGAACUUUAUUUCUCCUGGAUCUUUAGAUGACUUUAUUGAAACACUUGAGGACCUGGAUCUAUCAUAUAAUAAUCUUGUUAAUAUUCCUUGGGAUACAAUUGGAAAGCUUUCUAAUGUCAAUACAAUCAGUUUGGAUCACAAUCUCAUUGAGUUUGUUCCAGAAGGAAUCUUCUCAAAUCUUCACAAACUUGCUCGAUUGGACAUGACAUCCAACAAAUUGAAAAAAAUUCCCCCUGAUCCCCUCUUCUCCAGAAUCCCUGUGUAUGCUAAAUCUAAAGGGUCUCCAUUGUCCUCUCUGGUGCUUAGCUUUGGAGGGAAUCCUCUACACUGCAACUGUGAGUUAGUGUGGCUGAGACGCCUUACCAGAGAAGAUGAUCUAGAAACAUGUGCCUCACCACCAGAAUUGAUGGGCAAGUACUUUUGGUCCAUUAAAGAGCAGGAGUUUGUCUGUGAACCUCCAAUGAUAACACAUCGAACGCCAAAACUGGUGGUUAUGGAGGGCCAAAGUGUCUCUUUGAAGUGCAAAGCAGUCGGUGACCCGGAUCCCUAUGUUCGCUGGAUUUCCCCCGAGGGGAAGUUGGUCUCCAAUACAUCUAGGACAAUCUCCUAUGAGAAUGGAACUUUGGAUAUUUUGACUACUUUUUUGACAGAAAAAGGUACAUUUACCUGUAUAGCAUCAAAUGCUGCAGGAGAGUCUACAGCUUCUGUUGAACUUGUUGUUAAUCCUUAUCCUCAUCUUGCUAACAGUACCAACUGUGACAAAGAUGCUGAGUCUGGGCCUUCAGACAUUCUUAUAUCUGGUAAAUCAAGUUUCCCUAAUGAAACUAAAGCUCAGCAAGAGAAGAAGGUUGUGGUUGCUGAGCUGACCUCAUCCUCUGCUCUCAUACAGUGGCCUUCCCAGCAUCAUAUCCCUGGAAUACGAAUGUACCAGAUUCAGUAUAACAGCUCUUCUGAUGAUAUACUAGUUUACAGGAUGAUCCCGGCCAUUAGCAAAUCCUUCUUCCUGGCUGAUCUGGUUGCAGGACGUGAGUAUGACCUUUGUGUUCUCGCUGUUUAUGAUGAUGGACUGACAUCUCUAACUGCAACCAGGGUGAUUGGGUGUGUGCAGUUCACCACACAGGAAGAAUAUAAGCAGUGCCGCUCUCUUCAUGCCCAGUUUCUUGGAGGAACCAUGAUCAUCAUUAUUGGUGGAAUAAUUGUGGCUUCCGUUCUUGUUUUCAUCUUCAUUCUUCUCAUGAAGUAUAAAGUCUACAACAACCACCACAAAAAUAAAAAUACUAAAGUUAUUAAUGUCUGCUCUCAGACCAAUGGUAGUCAGAGUGGGUCAAUGGCUCAUUCUGGUUCCAAACUCACAGAGAGAUGGGAAAGUUUACAUCAGGAAUGCUCAGGAACUUCCAUCAAAGGCAAAACUGUUGUAGAUUUGGAUUGUGAACAAAUGACUCUUACUGACACAACCUUUUUAACAACUGAAGCGUUAUCUCAAUAGCAAUGUGACAAAGCAGGACACACCACACGAGCCAAGGUGGUAUCGCUUAAAAGAUUUUAAUGCAAGUGGUUGUAUUUUAAGCUUCACUACUAUUGUCUAUUUUUAAGAUCAAAUGGUUUAAAAAUAUUUUUUUAAUCUGUAAAACAGGUCCUGCAUUCUUAACUAUUUUUGUUUCAAUAUAUUAAAUAUAAAGUGUGUGAUUUACAAGAUUUUUUUUUACUGUUUCUUUUAUAGCAUACACUUGUGGUAUUGAAUCAGAAGCAUAACUAUAUUCUGACUUGGUUUGUCUUUAGUAAAAAUGCACUAUUCAUUCAUUCAGUUACCAACUGGCAGCAAGACCAACUCUCAGGAACCUCAAACUUCUCUGAUAGUUGAGUCAUUUACCAGUUCAACUACCAAGCUGUUAAUGAGCAAUGAAAUGUUAUAAAAAGUUCUCAGCUUGUUAAUCCUGAGAUGUUCAUCAGUCUAUGUGCAUUGUAUAUACAUGUCAUCCACAAAAGAAAAAACUAAAGGUUCCUCUGUGGACAAAAUACUACUCCAAAUAAGGAAAAGAAAAUUGAAGGAUUUUGACAUCAUCUCGCACUAUUCAGUGGUACGGAAUUGCUGGCAUAUAUUGUUUGCUUUGUAAAGGCUGAUAUUAUUCAAGACUGUGCCUUGAAGACCCUUCUCUUUCUUUUCAGUUAGGUUUACCUCACCGUAGACAGGGAGGAGCUCCCACUUUUAUCCUUCCUAAUUUAAGUCUCCAGAAAGCUACUUAAAUUAGAAAUGGCGUGUUGUGCACAUCUUUGCCAAACUGGAAACUGUGUACUAGUCUCCCACGCUCAAAUUGUGUCAAGUGUCAACCAAGUUAAUCUGUCUCUUUUUGGUAUGUUUUUAGAGGGAGGACCCACAACUUAAAGCUCUCCUCUCCCAACAUGCAUUGCACUAUCUCACUGUGUGGCACUGCAUCUUCAGAUAACAUUGAUAACCAAUCUCUUAUUUCUGUAGUACUGCAUGAAGCAUAAUGUAAUUGGCCAAAGGAUUAACUGUGUAAAUGUUUAUGUGCAAUUCAUUUUAACAAUUCAUAUUUAAUAAUUAAAUCUUCUUUUUGUUUAAAGGGGUACUGUCAGGUCAAAAUGAGUCCCCAAAUCAGGUUUUUGUAAUGACUUUCUACAAAACCUAAGAGCAAUCCAUGAGUUUAAAUAAAUUGUUGAAUUAAA